UUAUAUUACUGCAACUCGACCAAUUUGGUCCACGCGACAUGAAACCCCCACCUUCAUAAAGAGAAUUCGUCGAUCCGAUACGUCAAUCUCGAACAUAUUAUGGUCGAGAUAAUUACGUAGUUAUAUUUAUAACAAAAAUUAUAAUUAAUUACUCUUAAUAUGACUAAUUUCCUCCACUUGCAACGCAAUCCCUGACGUCAAACCGGCCUUCAAUUUUUAGGGGCGAACGAUGGCCGUCGCGUCGUCAAAUCUUAAGCCCCACGUCGACACACGCCAAGCUCUUGGUGAAUCCAAAGGGCGGGGGGCGGCCUCGUUUGCGUUAGCUCGCACCCGCGACCGCGUGUCCAUAAAUACGCUCAAGCCCGAAAGCAUUCCACCGUCUGCGCACAGUCGUUCCUCCUCGCUCCCUCCUCCAAUGGCAUCAAUCGCGAGCUCGGAAGCAGCAGUGACCGUCGACGUGCACGCCGGCCACAAGUACUUGGACGUCAGGACGCCAGAGGAGUUCAAGCGGGGCCAUCUGCAGAACGCCAUCAAUGUUCCUUACGUGUUCUUCACCCCACAAGGGAAGAAGAAGAAGAACCCUGACUUUUUGGAACAAGUGUCGUUGACCUGUAACAAGGAUGAUCACAUACUCGUGGGAUGUCAAAGUGGAUCUCGAUCUAUCACAGCAACUGAGGAGCUUCUCAAAUCCGGUUUCAAGAAUGUGAAGAACAUGGGAGGAGGUUUUGCCGCCUGGGUUGAGAACGGACUUCCGGUGAAGUCUCUCCAAGAAGAGCUGUACUAGACCUGUCGAUUUCCCAUAAUGUAAGAUGUUGUGUGGCAAACACAUGGGAUGCUACUGUGGCGUUGACCAGGCUGUCAAUUUUUUCUGUGUCUGUGUGGCAAAGAUAAAGUCAAUAAAUAUAAAUCAUUCUCUCA